GGCGCCCCUCUGUGGCGGAGGGCGCGAGGUUGUCCCGUCGGGUCGCCAGGGAGGGCAGGGGUCAGGCGAGCGCCGGUUGAGGAAGAGGAAGGGCGACGAGAGGGGGGAGGAGGAGGAGGAGGAGGGAUGGAGGAGAACGAGCAGCUGCGCCGCCAGAUCCGCCUGCUGCAAGGACUUAUCAAUGACCAUAAAAAUGUCCAUGGGAACGCACCAGCCGUCUCCCAACCGACUCCAGCACCCAGGUGGAGGAAUCCCCGGCCACCUUCUUUUAGCAACCAAACGGUUUUCUCUGCUAGAUAUUCCCAGCAAGGCCAAAGGGAUUUUCAGCCUCACCGACACAAUGCCUGGAGGAAGAAAUAUUCUCUCGUCAACGUGCCACCUCGAACCAUGCUCAACCCUGGCGGGAGCAUUUCAUCCAGCGAUUUAGGGUUGGGCCCGAACCACGGAACCCGCACGGCAGAGGAGCCACAGCCGGUGCUUUCAGAAAGAAGGGUGGACGUUGCUGCGGAUGGUAACAUAACUGUUGGGGUACAUACGGGCUCAGUCGUAAGAAUUCCUAUGCCCCAGGGUGGUCCCUCUGAAGCAGCCGAGGGCCCUUCUACUUCCAGAAGAUGCGAAACCUCUGCUUUGGCUCCAGAUGUUCCUUCAAAAGAGAGCAAACGGAAACGUCUCUCAACCGUGCCCCACCCGUUGCCUCCUCGGACUGUUGCUAGGGGGAGGGAUGACUCUCUUUCGGUGCGUCUCAAGGGGUCUGUGCCUUCGGGAGUAGUUCAGGGGGCAUCAGACUCGACUCUGUUGAAGACAAUCAGUGAGCAGGCGAUCACGUUGAAAACUGAGCCUCAGCAGCCAAAGGUCUUACCUGGCCAUGAACCAGGACGCCUUUCGGCAAGGAAGAAACCAGCAUUGCAGGAGACAGCUCUGCGCACCUCACAACAGGUGCCUGUGGCAGUGGCCAAAAUGAAGACGGAGCGGAUAGCUGAGACAACUAGUUUACACCCUGCUUCAGUUCGGGACGCUCCUUCAGCAGGUGAGGGGACUCCCUCCAAGAACAAGUUUUCUGCACCUGUGCUCCAGACAGCUCCAACCUUGCUGGCCCCCACAAAAUCUCCCAAGUUCAGGAAGACCAACUACACCUGGGUGGCCAACCCGAGCAAAUGUCCCUGUGCUUCAAAGCGGUGGUCGGCUUCCAGAGCCUCUGAAAGCGGCCAGAAGCUUGCCGGCGGGGCAGAGAGGCCCACCAAGUUAGCGCCAAGAGCGGACUUGGGAGCAAAGCAGAAAAGGUCUGGCCCGCAUUUGAAGCAGGGCAUGUCCUCCAGCAAGUACAAGUGGAAGGCGUCCAGCCCCCGGCUUUCCCCUUCCCCAUCCGCCUCUGCGUUCACGUGGCAGCGCGAAGAACGCGGUGGGCCGCCCGCCCCCCACUUCUCAGGAGCCAGCUCCUCCCUUCCAGCUGCGAGCCGAGUGCCUUUUGGUCGCGGCGAUCCGAAACCAACGUUUGGGAAUGCCAGCUUUCUCAAUUACAAGUUGAAGAGCCGGACCAAAAUCAUCAAAAGGAAGGGGAGCGCCAG